AUGACGAAGAUAUCGCGUGAUACGAUAAAUGAAUGCGUGAAGGCCGUCCUCGUGACAUCUAAGGACGAAAGGAGUAACAUGUUUGAAAUAAUCGAACUCCAAGUCGUUCUGAAGAACUCUGCCCCAAACAAGGACAGUCGCUUCGGUGGCUCCUCCAGGCCUAAGUGUGUGAAGAGGCAAAAAGUGCAGGCGAUCGAGUCUGGUGACCAGCAGAACGGGGACACGGCGAAGACCGUGGCUUUGCCCAACAUGGAUUUAGAAGCCCUGAAGAAUAUUUACAGGACCAGGAGGCUUGCCAAGAGCCUAGCCAAGAAGUAUAGCAGUUUCCUCGCCUCGCAGCCAAUCAUGAAACUGAUCCCGCUUUUGUUGGAUCUCGGUCCGAAUACGACUGCAAAGUUCUCCAGUGUGCUCUCCUACCAGGAUACCAUCAACGACAAGAUUGAAGCGGUUCGGGAACAAAAUCAGAUGAGGAAGAACUUCCGCCUCUCGAUUGCAAUCGGCCAUGAUAAUAUGACUCCGGAGGAGCUUGCCAACCAACUGAGCUUGUCUGUCGACUUCUUGGUUUCUCUCUUAAAGAAAAGUUGGCAUAAUGUGCGCUCCCUGCAUAUUAAAUCUGCAAUGGGAGAACCCUUAAAAUUGUACUAA